GAGAGGGUGUUGAAGUUGAAGCGGGAAACAAUGGCAAUUCCCAUGUUGAGGGUUGCAGUGAUUUCUCAUUCUCAGUCUCAACCACUCAUUCAUUCCAUAUCUGUUAUUGAUGAAACCGCUAGGAGGAGGAAGAGGGUGGCACUCUCUUCUUCUUCAGAACUUAACCCUGUAAUUCGGUCGGAGGUAUCAUUAUGUGUUGGGACUUGCCUCAUUCCACAUCCAAACAAGGUUGACAGAGGUGGGGAAGAUGCUUUCUUUCUGAGCGACUAUAAUGGGGGAGUUAUUGCUGUUGCUGAUGGUGUCUCUGGUUGGGCUGAAGAGGACGUGGAUCCUUCCUUGUUUCCACGUGAAUUGAUGGAUAAUGCUUCAAAUUAUGUAGAAGAUGAGGAGGUGAACUAUGAUCCUCAGAUUCUUAUAAGAAAAGCACAUGCUGCUACUUCCUCUACAGGCUCAGCUACUGUCAUUGUUGCUAUGCUGGAGAAGAAUGGGACUCUGAAGAUUGCCAAUGUCGGGGAUUGUGGAUUAAGAGUCAUUCGUAAUGGUCAUGUAAUUUUUUCCACUUCUCCACAAGAACAUUACUUUGACUGUCCAUUCCAACUAAGCUCUGAGAGGGUUGGGCAAACAUACCUUGAUGCAACGGUAUGCAAUGUGGAGUUGAUAGAAGGAGACACAAUUGUGAUGGGAUCUGAUGGGCUUUUUGAUAAUGUUUUCGAUCAUGAAAUUAUUCCCACAAUUGUUAGAUACAAAGAUGUUGCUGAAGCCGCAAAGGCAUUAGCUAACUUGGCAAGCAGUCAUGCAAUCGAUUCAAAAUUUGAUUCUCCCUAUUCAUUGGAGGCCAGGUCUAGGGGUUUUGAUGCCCCCUUAUGGAAGAAGAUUCUUGGAAUGACGCUUACAGGUGGAAAGCUUGAUGAUAUUACAGUAAUUGUUGGUCAGGUUGUAAGUUCUUGAGAAAUGCUAGUUAUGCUUAUGAAUCAAAACAAGGUCCUGAUUACUGAGAUCACCAGAGAAGGAGUCACCAUAAGUAUAUUGUCUAUGGAAAUGCUCCUGCUUUGCCAUGAAGCUUUUCUCCUUCAUGCAUUGAGAAAGGUUGUCUGAGACAUUCAUUGAAAAUAGUUUUGUUUAUGAAAUGCUAUGCCUAGGAAUUGUCUUUGAUACUGUGGACUGUUGAGAAGCAUGAUUGUGAACGGAAAAAUAGAAUCAGUAGCAGCAAGCAAAAGCUUGUAAAAUUCAUUAAGAUAAUGCAUUUACCAGAAACCAAAUGAAGACCUUAUACCUGUAUGAUACACUAUGCUUUUCUCAUGCGACCACACGUUAUAUAUGUAUUAGUCUAAAUCUACCAGAAGGCAUAAAGAGGAUAAUCAAAUGAUUCAAUGAGUAGU